GCUUUCCCUCUCUGCGUUCUUCCCAGCGUUCUUCCCACCACCCAGAAGGCCCCCACAAUGCACAACAACAACCACUACCACCGCAGCCGCUCAAACUACACCGGCAACGCUCACAGUACCCACAACAACAGCGGGCGCAACGGCCGCGGCACCACAUACUCAGACUGGACCCAGGCCGACGAGGAUACAAUAAAACGACCCGCCCUGCCUCUCAACGGUUACGCCGACAACGAAGAAGACGAAUAUGAGGAAGGGGAUGAGGGGUUCGAGGACGGCGCUGUGCCGGCUUCCGGCUUGCAGUAUUUGAAGAUGGUGAGAGCACAAGCGAACGCAUGCCCACAAGUGGUUCGAGUUGACUACCCAUCACACAAGCAGCAGAACCACGGGCAAAAUCCCACAACAACAACAAUGGUCCCAGAUAUCCGACACCAAUACUUCACGGCCCAAAACUUCCAAGCCACAUCCCGACAAGCACCCACCCCACCCCACCUCCGCCCAACCCCCGAAUGGCUCGCCAGCUUCCUCGCCCGCUUCGAGGCCCUGCGGAGCACGCUCGCCGCCCACAGGAAAGCGCUACUGGAAAGCGGAAACAUGACAUCAAUGUACAAACCGCACCCCGCGAACGAACGCGCGUGGAAGACCUUUUGUUACGGCGAUGGGGACGGGGAACGUGGCGCGUCUGCGGGGUCAUCAUUAUCCGGGGCGCAAACGGCUGAAGAAGGUGGGAGCGACCACCUUGCGAAACGAAAGAUCGGCCAACUGCAUCUCCCCGAAACGCAUGCCGCGAAACGUGCACGGAUGGAUCAACAGCAGGAGGGAGGAGGAGAUACCACAGCUAUGGACAUUGAUGCAGACGUGGACACGAACCAAACCGACGCAUCAGAAGCAAUGGAAUCCAUCCCGAUCCUCGAAGAAGAGGAAGAGGAAGAAGGACAAUCCGUACCCACACCACCACCACGAAACGACCGCGAACCCUGUACCAACAUCGUCGUGCGCCUCGAACAGGGCGAAACCAUACGGCUCCUCAACUUCCACGCAAAGUGGUUGAACGAAACUACCAGUAUAUCCGAAGAUCAGGGGCAAUGGCUCUUCGCGCUCCUCCUCCGCCUGGACCCCCUCCUCACCGCCGACGAACUAGCGAUCCUCCGCAUUCUGUGCAAGACGUGCCGCCGGCUCCGCAGCGCGAUGGCGACGGAUCUGACGCUGGAGGAUCCGAGAACGGCGUCGUUGAACAUGGUGGUGGCGAUUGUGGGGAGGGUUUUUGGACAGUUGGAUUUAAGUGACGACGCCGAAUUCUGAAACACCCGCGAUCGGCUGCUUUUCGCGACCGUAAUCCACCACAACGUACGAACGAGCCGUCCCGCACACACAACGACCGAUUCGAGACCAUCCAAGCAGCAGCACCCCAGCAUGGGCAAUGCACACUCCUUCCCUCAAGGCAUCUUCCGAUUAAACAGAAGCAGCGUGAUGUCCCACACACAUUCAUCCCACCAUUACGGCGGCGUAUGAACGUAUACGUCCAUGCAGAAUAGCCCGCGUUUUCCCGUUUGAGACGCAGGAACAUCCCUAACGUAGGCUUGUAGCUGUAGGGAGGAUAUAAUCUGCAUACAUUGCAAUGCAUACCCGGAACUCCUGGGCGAUAAACGCAUGCUUGGCCAGUGUGCACUGCUCUGAGCCGUUCAUGCCAUUCAUCCCGGGGAUGGGGGAUUUGGCGCCUGUGCGAUGGCCCCCGUCGAUGAAAAAAGCACAAUCGCACCAUCACGAGCAGGCGGG